ACGAUCGUCACCACGCACCAUUACGCACUAGCUAUCUCACCUGCUGCCUGCCUGCCUGCCUUCUCUCUGCUCAAUCUCUUAGCCAUCCAUCCAUCCAUCAUGCGCCAUAUCCUCCACCACCAUGCAUUAUACUAUGUGCUCUAUGCUAGCCCAACUACCCAAGUGGACCUCAUAUAAAGGGGAGGCCAGCUGAGCCCAGGGAAUCAAGCAAGCUGUUUCCCCCUGUUGUUUCUUCUUCUUCUUCCUCAGCUCCUUCUUCCUCUCGAUCGAUCGAUCGAGCAUCCAAGCUUGGUCUUUGUUUCUGUCGCUGGAGGAGGUGUAGAUAGCUAGCUAGCAACCGACCGAUCGAUCGACCAUGUCGUCGUCCUUGUUGUGUAGGCGCAGGAACCACAAGAAGGACGGCGAUGGCGAGCAUCAGAUCAUCAUCAGCACCAGCACGCCGGCGGCGAUGAGGAAGGGCCCGUGGACGGACGAGGAGGACGAGCAGCUGGUACGGUUCGUGCGCCUCUUCGGCGAACGCCGAUGGGAUUUCUUAGCAAAGGUGUCAGGUCUGCGGCGCACCGGCAAGAGCUGCCGCCUCCGGUGGGUGAACUACCUCCACCCGGGCCUCCGGCGAGGCCGCAUCACCGCCGACGAGGAGCGACGCAUCGUGGAGCUCCACGCGCAGUGGGGAAGCAGGUGGUCGCGCAUCGCCAGGAGCUUGCCCGGACGCACCGACAACGAGAUCAAGAACUUCUGGAGGACAAGGACCAGGAAGAAGGCUCUCGAGGAGAGGAGGGCGGCAGGGGCGGCUGCGGCCGUGACAGCGACGGCGGAGCCUGCUGCGUCGUCGUCGUCCUCGGUGACGAUGAUAUCCGAGUGCCGCCCCGGAUCCCCCAACAGCGGCGCCGCCACCACGUCGUCCUCGUCGGGGGGUUCGUCGUCGUCGCUGCGGGAAGAGCGCCCCGGCGACGAGGACGCCGAGCUCGAGGAGGCGUCCACGGCCACCACCGCGGCAGGGACAACCAAGCAGCAGCAACAGCAACAGCAGCCGUUGCCGCAGGAGUACUACGACGGUUGCUCCACCAUGGACCAGCUGUGGAACGAGAUCGCGGCAGCCGACGCUGCGGCGAUGAGCUACGUCGUCGACGCCUGCUGGAACGGAGCUGGUCAUUAUUACUAUGGCGCUGCGGCCGCUGAGCCGCCGCCGGCGUCGCCGCCGUGGGAGUACUGCGGCCCAGACUUUUCGCUCUGGAGGAUCGACGACCAAGAGUACUACAAGAAGAUGCUCGACUCCUCCUGAUAUCCGAUUCAUGGCGUAUCCAUCAAUCAUCUACACGCGCUUGUGUGCUCUGUGAAUUUCCAAGCGAGGAACGAAUUACUUAACGGUAGGGAUGGUAGAUUAUCAUCUAUCGUCUUAGACUAAUUAAUUAGUAAGAGCUUAUGAAUCUAUGAUGAGAGCGAAGUAGAUCAUGCAUGGUGGUGAGAUGAGAGCGCUUUGUAUUAAUGGUGGUUAAACUAGUGUGAUCGACUGAUGAAUAUAAUAUAUAUGUAGUUUGCAUUUGUCUUAAUCGAUUGAUCGAUCUCUGAUCGACGGUACUUGUAUAUUAUGUAACCUAGCUUUACUUAUUGGUUAUAUUACUA